UUAUAUGAGGAAUAUACUCAAUUAUUUGUGUAUAAAACAAUGCAGUAGGGCAACAGUAGUAAAUAAAAGUCCUUCUUUUAUCCACUGUUAACUUUGGUAUAAAAAUAGUAUGUUCAGUCGAAAAGAUCAAAUAAAACGUAAAACGGGGGAACAUGGAAUAGGGCGAUACGAAUUUCUAAAACAGUUGGUUAAUGAAUUUGCUGCAACGAAGAGCUUUGAGGCUCAAAGACAAACACUUGCCAACCUCGCAAAUUUUGCCUAUGAUCCUGUAAAUUAUGAAUACAUUAAACAACUUCAUAUAGUGGAUCUAUUUUUGGCACAACUCUCUGAAAAUUCUGAAGAGCUCAUACAUUUCGCCCUAGCAGGAUUGUGCAAUAUAAUAUGUGAUCCGGAAAGCAGAGAAUACAUCAUUUCACUUAAUGGAGUAUAUUUAAUUUCAAAGUAUUUGCUCCAUGAGAAUGAGGACAUUGCUUUGAAUUCAAUUACAACCUUGUUUUAUCUUUUUGAAUCAAAAACGGUAAAAAUUCCUGAAAGUUUGUUACCACGAAUUCAGCAGUAUGUAAAUAAUGCUAAUAUCAGAUACCACAAUCUAGGAAAAAUUUUUGUGGAUACAUACUACCCUUCAGAUGUAAUGGCUGAUUUAAUGAUGUUUUAUAGAUUGAUGAUAAGGUCCUUAUCUUGCAAAACUGUUGUUCUGGGACAAGAAGCCUGUCUCACCAAAACAAUAACGCUUAGAGAUGUACAAAAGUUUGUAGAUAUAAGCGGUGACUCAAAUCCUAUACAUUUGGCAACAAAUGGAAAUAGAGUAGUGGUACAUGGUGCUUUUCUAAAUGCGAUCAUUUCGAGAGUCAUUGGGACCAAAUUGCCUGGCCCUGGAACACUGGUGGUCAGGCAGAAUCUAAAUUUUCCCAAUAAAUGUUAUGUUGGUGACACAAUUGAAGCUUCUGUUCGUGUGGAGGAUAUUAGGAAGAUAAUUAAAGUAAGUUUUAAGUGCCAGGUCAAAACAGAAAGUAAAGUUGUGCUCUAUGGAGAUGCAUAUUUAGUGAGAGAUAAAAGUUAACUGUGUGUACAUAUAUUUGUUGUUUGUUUUUGUGUUUACUACUUGCCUUUUAAUAAAGAAAAGGGUGUGAAUUCCUUUGGAAUUCAUAAACGUUGGUUAUGGAACAACCCAUUUUGGCUUAGAUACAUUAUUAUUAAACUGUACUUACAUUCAACACUUGAUAGGACAUGAGAGCAGAAGCAAUAAAAAGCUUUGGAUAAUUUGUAAAUCUAGAGAAUAAUUCGCAUUUUGCUAUGAGGCAUGGCGACCGCAAAUGUUUCAGUUUUCAGUAAAAUUCCAUGUGGAAGUUUUUUCAUGUUUCAUUAAUAAUAGAAUACGCGUUUAAUACAGAUUUAAUAAAAGGAAAAUAAUAUCUUUUUUCCUUGCGCAUCCGCCCUUUCACGUACUUAUAAUAUAAAAAUUUCAUUUUACAUUUGAUCAUCAAUAUCGU